AAACCACCCUUCUUCUUUUUUCCAGUAUCUAAAAAACGUAUAUAGAUUUACGUACCAUCUUGGCAUCUUGUACAACAACAAGCUUUAUGUUCUUAAACGCUCGCACACAAUAUAUACCCAAAGGGAUGCCGCUAUACCCACACGAUCACUCUAUACUUUCAAAUCUCAUCUCAGUUCUUUUCAUGGAUUGGUUUCCCCUUUCCUGCGUAUUCACUUUUGUGUUAUGUCUUUGACUGUAUAAUAUUCUCUUGCUAUUAGCCAUCCAGUGUUUUCAACAGCCAUUAUAUUACACUCCUUUCUGUUCUUUCCUGAUAUACAAGACCAAAAUCACUUGAUCAUUUCUCUACAACCCACAAACCUAAAAUCUCUGUUAAUUCUCUUCCCUCUCUCCCAGUCCUCUCCGACACGCCAUGGCUCAUCUUCAAGCUUGCUUUUUGAACAUUUUUAAAGCGUCUUCUCUCUUGAUUCUUCUUUAUUACCCUACUAUAGUCACCUGUGAGUGUACAUGUGAGGUUGGAGAUUUAGAGCAUAGUAAAGGCGAAGCACUGAAGUUUAAACUAGGUUCAAUACUCUCAAUUCUAGUUGCUGGCGCUAUUGGUGUUAGCCUCCCUUUGUUAGGAAAGAAAAUAAAAGCCUUUAGGCCUGAAAAUGAUAUUUUCUUCAUGAUCAAGGCAUUUGCUGCUGGUGUUAUCCUAGCAACCGGAUUCAUUCACAUACUACCGGACGCAUUUGAAAGCUUAACAUCACCAUGUCUUAACCAAGAUCUAUGGGGGCGCUUUCCAUUCACGGGUUUUGUUGCCAUGAUGUCUGCAAUAGGGACGCUAAUGGUGGAUUCAUUUGCGACAGGGUUUUAUAAGAGGAUGCAUUUUAACAAGAACAAACCGGUAGAUACUACGGAUGAAGAGACAGCUGGUCAAGAGCAUGAAGGUCAUGUACAUGUUCAUACACAUGCUACACAUGGCCAUGCCCAUGGUUCUGCCUCCCUAAAUGAAGAUUUGGCUCUGUCUGAAAUGGUUCGUCGAAGAGUUAUUUCACAAGUAUUGGAGUUGGGGAUUGUAGUUCAUUCAAUAAUAAUUGGAAUAUCUCUGGGUGCUUCUGGGAGUCCGGAAACAAUAAAGCCUCUCAUGGCAGCCUUGUCUUUCCACCAGUUUUUUGAAGGCCUGGGACUUGGUGGCUGCAUCACUCAGGCACAGUUCAAGUCUGCGUCUAUGGCAAUAAUGGCAACGCUUUUCUCCCUGACAACCCCACUGGGAAUUGCCAUUGGAAUUGGAAUUUCUAACAUUUACGAUGAGAGGAGUCCGACUGCUCUGACAGUCGAGGGCAUCUUCAAUGCAGCCUCAGCUGGGAUUUUGAUAUACAUGGCACUCGUUGACCUAUUAGCAUCAGAUUUCAUGAGUCCAAGGAUGCAAGGCAAUUUCAGGAUUCAACUAGGAGCAAAUGUUUCCCUUCUUCUAGGGGCUGGUUGCAUGGCUUUCAUGGUCAGAUGGGCUUGAGAUUUUCAGAACCAUACAAGCACAAGCCUUUUUUCCGGGGAAAAUGGAUUCAUGGUCCUUCAAGUUUUAAAAAUAUGUGCCCAUCUAGUUCAAUUUUGAUUGCACCAGACCCUUAACUUUCAUUUUUGGUCAAGUAUUUUCUCUCCAUCCAUGUUCAUGGCUGUUGAGAGACUGGUUAACAGUGUUAGUUUUAUGAUAUAUAUAUAUAUUUAGAUGUGGAAAAAAUCAAUUAUCCACUGGUUUCAUAUU